CUAAAGAAGAAGAAGAAGAAACCACCGACGAAUCGCCGGAGCGACUGCCGGAGCUGAAGAAACCGUCAAUUCCGAGGAGACUUCAGAUAGAGAAAGAGAGAGAGAGAGAGAGAGAGAGAGAGAUCUUGUUCUUGCAUGGCAAUGGCCGGAUUCAAUUCCUCGACAUUCUUCCUGAUCUGCGCCGCUGUGUUUGUGGUCUUCAGCUGCUCCUCAACCGCCGUCCACGGUGGUCUCGGGAUCCACCACAGCCUCGGAUGGAUUCCUAACCAAUCGACCUGCAAGGGCACAAUAGCGGAGUGUUUCGGCGGAGAGGAGUUCGAAUUCGAUUCGGAAAUCAGCCGCCGUAUCUUGGCCACCAGUCAGUACAUCAGCUACGGCGCUCUGCGGAGGAACACCGUGCCGUGCUCGAGACGCGGUGCAUCAUACUACAACUGCCAGCCCGGAGCUCAGGCCAACCCUUACAGCCGUGGAUGCAGCGCCAUUACAAGGUGCAGGAGUUGAGUAAUUUGUUUGUACUCUCUGUUUAAUAAUCUCUUUCUCUCCUUUCAAUGUUCAUUGAUCUUUAUUUUUUUCCUUCUUUUUUCUCUUUUUUGAGAUUGCUUUGGUUGUUAUACAAAUUGAAAAGGGGAGAUUGAUUAUAUAAUGUCGUCGUUGUCGUUAUUGUAAGUGAUGAAAAUUGUUGUGCUCAA